UGUGAUAAGAGAAUAAUUUUAAGUUUAAUGAAAAAAGAAUCCAUACACAAGUACAUCGUACGUACAUAGCAAAAAAAAAAAGAAAAGGGAAAAUUUUUUCAAUAAAGAAAUGUGUUUGACAUGAUAAAAUGAUGAAAAAAUGAAACAAAUUGAGGCAAAUUAUUGAAGAAUCUCCGAAGUAAAAUGGAUCUCAGUUGAAAGAAAUUUUCGCGAAAAAUAUUUCUCACAUACACACACACACGUCACACAAUAAAACACACGCAAGAAGAGAAGGAGUUCGAGUAUCGAUCGAAUCUUCGAAGAUUUCAGCUCGCUGAGGAGAUUCGAGAGCAAAGUUUUCGGGAAAUCGCUCGUGUCAAAUGUCUUCGGAGGAUGGAGGAAACACGUACCAAAAGCAAACACAAACGGGAAGUUCGACACGUAAACGACAUUACAGUUCGUCGUCGUCUUCGCAUCAUUCGUCGCAAAGUCAGAGUCAAUCGCAGCAACAACAAUCCUCUCAUUACAAGGAAAAUUUAGAACGCAAUUCGAACGAUUAUCUCUCGAGCCACGAUGACAUCCAUUCGCAUCAUUCGCAUCCCCCGCAUCAAUUGGGCACAAAUUACAACAGUAAUGCAUCGCCAAGUCGCUAUUACAGCUCCGCUGACACGUACAUUCUGGGCAACCGAUUGUCGACAGUCUCGCAAGAAAAAUAUGACGAAAACUUGACGUGUUGUUUGCCUCCUCCAUCUCCUGCGCCGACAAGUGAUCGUUUUAUUCUCGGAAUGCCAUCGCCAUCGCCCUCAAGUCACUAUCAGGACCGUUAUACGUUGCAUCAUCGCAUAAUGUCGCCGAGUUCUCGAUAUCGCACGAGUAUUCCAGAUCGUUAUCGUGAUAUGCCGCCAAAAUGUCCUGAUCGACUCGUUACGCCCGUGCAUUAUUUGGCGAACAGUACUCCGAUGGCUUCCAACGACAAUUUCGCUUAUCUCACUUCCACAGUUCAUACGCCCGUAAAGCGUUACAUUCCGACGCCUCCAACGCCCGAGCCGCCCGAAAGCGAUAACAUGUCGACGUGCAGCAGUGUUGGCGGAUAUCAUUUGCCGGGACCCGGAACGCCGCACAUUUCGAUUCAACAAUCCGCAAAUUCGUCGCAGCAGCAACAACAAGUGCCCAAAUUACUCUCGCAGCAACCCAAUAAUGCGAAUGCUUAUGCGUACAGAUUAAAAUGUUGUCCGAACCCGAAUGAACAACCCGGAAAUUCGAUUUCUCCGCGAGCAACGCCGCCAAUUGUGUCGUCUUUGGAUCCGCAAGGAGAUCAUUACGCAACGCCUGCGUGUAUAAAACACAUGAAGACACCCGUAAAUGGAUCUGCGACCCUCGGAAGAAUGCCGAGACAACAAAUUUGUUCCGUAAAUAUGGCAAGAGCUCCAAGUGUUGAGUAUAUCGGGAAUAAUGGCUCGCGUGUUUUAACUCCUGUGAGUUUUGUGAGUGAACCGGCAAAUUGUUUACAUUGCAGUACAUUGCGACGAACGACAGGAAUUCAUCAAACAACGCAAACAACAGGUCCAAUUUCUCCAACUACUCAACCCUUAUCGUUGCCUCCGCAAUCGACGAAUCAUCCGCAAAUGUCAAGCAACAACGAAGACUUGUGCGACGCAAAACAAAUGAUCCGUAACACUUUACCUCCCUCAAGUUCCCUCUCAUUUCAAUCGAUUGCGUCGCAGCAAACGCAAAAAUCGCAGCAAAGUCAACAGCAACAAUCGCAAAGUCAACAAACUAACCAAUUAGCGCAAUUGCAACAACAAGUAGCUGCCCAAGCACAGCAAUUGCAAGCUGUUCAACAAUCGCAGCAGCAACAACAAGCUCCCUUAUCUCCAUUAACGACACAACAGAAUCAACCGCAGAUGUUACAAGCAUCUCCGCAGCAGCCAAAUACGCCAUCGCCGCAAGAUCAAGCUCCCAUAAUUCAACAACAGCACGGAAAUCAACGUUCUCUCGUCAUCCAGCAUCAAUAUCGAGAAUCGCCAAGCAGUACAAUGAGCAGUAUGACAACUUUACAACGGGCGGGCGUUCAGCAACGACAACCCGAUCGUCAACGUUUGUUCCAUAAACAGCAAAUUAAGGAUUAUUUGAAACGAGAAAUGCAACGCUUCUUUGGCGUUUAUACAGCAGGCGAAGAAGAUGAAUUGAUAAAAUGGACAGGAAGAUAUAAUCGCUUUGCAUUACGUCGUUUUGGGCGAAUGAAGGAAGACAACGAAGAAAAUGUGAAUCGUCAACAAAAUCGACGUCAAAAUCCAAUCGAUCGACCUGAUAUUCUGCCCGAACAGAGUAAUGAUGAGCAAACAAAUUCGACGGAUGAUGUAAAUGCACGAACAGGCACUUUGUUUUAUCGCAAAGCAUCUGUACCGAAAAUGAUGUGGAAUGGAUUGUCGUAUGUCGUGCGGAGUUUGAGUACGAAACGUGUCAAAACUCCCAAACAGUAUUCACGAAGCUUUGCUCCGGCUCAAAUUCAUUCGGCGAACGACGAUAGCGAUUUGUGCGAAGGUUUGACGCCAAUUCAGGACGACGAAGUGUUCUUUGAUAUUCUAAAUACGUCAAAUGGCAGAGGAAAUCAACAAUCGCAACAAUACAUGAGCGAACGUGUUAACGGAUGGCGGAUAAAAUCUACUGAAGCAUCUCCGAGCGGGCGCCCCGGAUUACGAGGAACACGAAUUUCCUUCAGAUUACUCGAUGGCGUGUUAGAUAAUUCACGCAGACCUGUAGCGCAUGAAAUCAAGUAUCAUCGACAUGUAAUUUUAGACGAUCGUUACGAUCAUCGACCAUUUUUCACAUAUUGGAUAAACACAGUGCAUGUCUUGAUCAUGAUUUUAACACUCGUUUGUUACGGAAUUGGGCCCAUUGGAUUUGGUGUUGAACAGAAAACAGGUCAAGUGCUUGUUACAAGUUUGAGUUUGCAACAAGUAACGCAUGCUGAAUACAGAAACAUGUGGAUUGGACCUCGAGAUUUGGAUUUGGUGCAUUUAGGAGCGAAAUUUGCGGCGUGCAUGCGAAAAGAUCACAAAAUUCUCCAAGUUAUGGCAAAAACGCGAAGGCAGGAACGUGAAACGGCAUGUUGUAUCAGAAACGAUGAUUCGGGAUGUGUUCAAAGCUCUCAAGCUGAUUGUUCUGUGCGAGGUUUAUGGCCAACGUCAAUUUCAACAUGGAAAAAAUGGUCUCCGGGCGAUUCAGGUCCCGGAGGUCGAAUCUCAGGUUCUGUCUGUGGAUUAGAUCCCAAAUAUUGCGAUGCUCCUGCGUCGAUAGCGCCGUAUGAAUGGCCCGAUGAUAUCACAAAAUGGCCUAUUUGUCGCAAAACCAAUUCAUUUUCACAACGCUUCCGUUUUAAGGAUCACACUGCCGAACAUAUGGUAUGCGAAGUAAUAGGGCAUCCGUGUUGCAUCAGCAUUUAUGGCGAUUGUCGCAUCACAACACGCGAAUAUUGUGAUUUUGUGCAUGGAUAUUUCCACGAAGAGGCGUCAUUGUGUUCACAGAUCUCAUGCUUGAAUGACGUUUGCGGGAUGUUUCCCUUCAUAAUAACGGAUAUUCCAGAUCAGUUUUAUCGUUUAUUCACGUCCCUGUUAUUACACGCCGGAAUCUUGCAUGUAGCUAUCACUGUUGCCUUUCAACACAUAUUUUUAGCCGAUUUGGAAAGACUCAUAGGUCCAUUGCGCACUGCAAUCAUCUAUCUUGGUUCAGGAAUUGCGGGAAAUUUAACGAGUGCUCUUUUGGUUCCCUACAAAACAGAAGUUGGUCCGUUAUCAUCAUUGGCUGGCGUAACGUCAUCUUUGUGUGUCAUGUUAACGUUCUACUAUUGGAAAAAGUUGAAAAAACCACACAUAGCACUUGUUAAACUCCUUAUUGUUACGAUUGCUCUCUUCGGCUUGGGCACACUUCCGUGGCAACAAAAUUUCGCUUCUCUCAUCGCAGGCUCGAUAUUUGGCAUGAUACUAACGUUAACGAUAGUUCCAUUCAUGAGUAUCACGAAAUUCAAUAGGAAGAGCAAGAUCAACCUAAUUUGGACAUGCUUAAUAUUACAUUUAACAAUUUACACGACAAUGUUGAUAAUAUUCUACGUAUUUCCGAAUCUCUUUUCCUCAUUAGAAUUUACAGCAAGCGAAGAUCUGAAUGCCGAUAACAACUUUAACAUAUUCGGGGGCGGCGGAACAGGCGGAGCAACCGCUAUUGCUCGCAGUAGUAAUGUAAUUUCGUCAUCCGCAACAUCCUCAUCUGUAUCACUGUCGUCGGCAAUCGCGAACGGCGGGGAAAAAGUCAUGCAAGCUAUAACAAAUAAUAAUAAUCAUCAUAUUAAUGGUAAUUAUAAUCUUAACAAUAUUUACAAUAAAAUAAAUUAUAAUAAUUAUUCACACUACAUUAAUAAUAAUAACAAUAUGAUUAGUAACAACAACACAAAUCCGCAUAAUCCAAUGAGUGCGUUUUUUUAUCGAAAGGACAGAUAUUAGUG